AGUGAAAAUCUAAGUGUUGUGUCCAUUGUUUUUUCUUCGAAAAACACAGAGGGUCGUAUUCUACAAACAUAAUAUUUUGUGAAAAUGGUGGACUACAGCAAAUGGAAAGAUAUUGAGAUAUCUGAUGACGAAGAUGAGACGCAUCCAAACAUUGACACACCAUCACUGUUUCGAUGGAGACACCAAGCACGUGUCGAGCGCAUGGAAGAGAGGAAAAGGGAAAAGGAGGAGUUCGAACGCAAGAAGAACGAAACAAAGAGGAAAUUAGCAGAAGCCAAAAGCAAACUCGCUGAUAUCGGUUCUGAUGGGCCUGAUCUAGAAUCAUUAAAAAAAACAUUGACCGAGUUGGAAAAAGAAGACAGAGAGCUUCAAAUGAAGGAAGACGAGCUUAAAAAGAAAGAGAAACAGACACCAUGGAAUGUAGACACAAUCAGUGAGCCCGGUUUUACAAAAACUGUUAUUAACACAAAACCCGUGCGACCGAAGGAGGAGAAUUUGACUGAGGAAGAAAAAGAAGAAAAGAUGAGGAAGUUUAUCAAAGAAAAUGAGAAACUUUUAAAACAAUUUGGCAUGUUGAGGAAAUAUGAUGACUCAAAGGCAUUCCUUCAGCAACACCCCCAUCUAGCAUGUGAAGAAACAGCUAACUACCUUGUGAUCUGGUGUAUCAACUUAGAAAUGGAAGAGAAACAUGACCUCAUGGCCCAUGUAGCCCAUCAAACAAUUUGCAUGCAGUACAUUUUGGAACUCUCCAAACAACUGGAUGUGGACCCUAGAGCAUGCAUUGGAUCUUUCUUCUCAAGGAUACAGGUGGCUGAGAAAACAUAUAAAGACUCAUUUGAUGAUGAGCUGAAUCAGUUCAAAGCUAGAAUCCAGAAGCGUGCUGCAGAGAAGAUUCAGCAAGCCAUCCAGGAGCAAGAAGAGGAGGAAAGAAAAGAGAGACUUGGGCCUGGAGGACUGGACCCUGUCGAGGUGUAUGCAGAACUUCCUGAUGAACUGAAAAAAUGCUUUGACACACAAGAUGUUCCGUUGCUUCAAGCAACAAUAGCCAAGAUGCCAGAACAGGAGGCUAUUUACCACAUGAAGAGAUGUGUCGACUCGGGCUUAUGGGUACCCGGCAAGAACGAUGAAGAACCCACCAUGAAAGAGAAUAAUGCUGCUCCGGCUGCCAGUUCUGAUGAUUUAGACUGAGAUUACAAUCACACAAAACAUUUUAAAUGUAAACGUAAAUUUCGAAUUCGUUAAUGGUGCAUUCAUUUCAAGAAUGUUCAAAUACAAUAACGAAGAAACAGACUAAAUUCGUUCAGGUUUACGUUAUUUUACAUUCGUAAAUGAACCGGAAAUCCGUAUUUUUUUUAAUGAGAAAUCUGUAUUAGCAAUUUGGAUGGCAAACAGCCUUAUUUCUUUAUACCUAGUUACAUUUGAACAGGAGGUAGAAAACUAAUUUCCAUGACACCAAGUCUUCCUCUCUGUCCAAUCUGCAAAUGAGAUUUCAUUUCAUUUCACCCAAUAAAAGAUAAGGUAUUUAUUUGCUGAAUGUAUUUUUGUGAACCAAUGGUUUUAAAUUGAGAUGUAAUAUUAAAAUAAAACGUAUGUUAAGAAAUCA